CGAGCACCCGCUGAACAUCAGCCUGGGAGACGCGGUGCUGUACAUGCCCAGUGCGCCGCUCAGCGGGCCCGUGCUGGCCCUCAUCCUCAACAUCCUCAAAGGGUACAACUUCUCCCGGGCAAGCAUGGAGACCCCUGAGCAGAAGGGCCUGACGUACCACCGCAUCGUAGAGGCUUUCCGGUUUGCCUACGCCAAGAGGACCCUGCUUGGGGACCCCAAGUUUGUGGAUGUGACUGAGGUGGUCCGCAACAUGACCUCCGAGUUCUUCGCUGCCCAGCUCCGGGCCCAGAUCUCUGAUGACACCACUCACCCGAUCUCCUACUACAAGCCCGAGUUCUACACGCCGGAUGACGGGGGCACUGCUCACCUGUCUGUUGUCGCAGAGGACGGCAGUGCUGUGUCCGCCACCAGCACCAUCAACCUCUACUUUGGCUCCAAGGUCCACUCCCCGGUCAGCGGGAUCCUGUUCAAUAAUGAAAUGGAUGACUUCAGCUCUCCCAGCAUCACCAACGAGUUUGGGGUGCCCCCCUCACCUGCCAAUUUCAUCCAGCCAGGGAAGCAGCCGCUCUCGUCCAUGUGCCCGGCGAUCAUGGUGGGCCAGGACGGCCAGGUCCGGAUGGUGGUGGGAGCUGCUGGGGGCACACAGAUCACCACGGCCACUGCACUGGCCAUCAUCUACAACCUCUGGUUCGGCUAUGACGUGAAGCAGGCCGUGGAGGAGCCCCGGCUGCACAACCAGCUUCUGCCCAACAUCAGGACAGUGGAGAGAAAUAUUGACCAGGCAGUGACUGCAGCCCUGGAGACUCGGCACCAUCACACCCAGAUCGCGUCCACCUUCAUCGCUGUGGUGCAAGCCAUCGUCCGCACGGCUGGUGGCUGGGCAGCUGCCUCGGACUCCAGGAAAGGCGGGGAGCCUGCCGGCUACUGAGUGCUGCAGGAGGACAAGGCUGACAAGCAAUCCAGGGUCAAGAUACUCACCAGGACCAGGAAGAGGACUUUGGGGGACGGGCUUUCCCUGUGAGCAGCAGAGCAGCACAAUAAAUGAGGGCACUGUGCCAGGCUCCAGGCGGCCUCCCUGGCCUGGCUCCCCACUC